AUGGCCCAAUCAUCGGCGACCGCUGUGCCGAAUGGUGUUGGAACUCGAAAUGAUCUGGCACCAGAAAGGGCAGCAGAUGUCAGCUAUGGAAGCAUACCGAAAUCUGGAAACGUGCAGACUACAGAUGGGCAGGAACCUGAAGUGGGACCUAGUGGGGUGGCGCUUUUGGACCUACCUGUACAAUCAGAGGAGCAAUCGCCCCAGGUGGUGGAGACUGCAUCUGCGCAGGCACAGGCGGAACCGAAUGAGCGAGUUCUGACGAUGCCUGAUGCGGGCGGGCGAUCCAGCUUGGGAAGGAGCGACUCCGUGGCAACCCCAGAUGGGUAUGUGACACCGAAAUCGUCUAUGGGAAGUAGAGUCGGGCAACCUGCUUGGCUAUCUGGCGUAGACGUUCCAAAGAAGCAGUCCAAUGCCAAGCCCGCCGCCGGUGGGUUCCUCCUUCCGGUUGAGAUCUCCAGCUCGCACAAGAGCGAUUCCACCUGCUCCGCUACCCAGUACCGAGUGAGGAUCCUGGCACACUACCUGACGGUGCGGAGCAGACAAUACAGGAGGGUCUACAUGAACCUGCUACACUACCACCUCUUUAUCUUCGUCGUGGUAAUGGGGAUGAUCAAGAUUAUCAAGGAUGUGGGAUGCAAGGCCGAGAAGUACAACACCUCCACGAAGAGCUGGGCAAAAGGAUCGACUAUGUUGGCUCCGCUACCAGAAGGUGCGCCAGCUAUGGAUGCAGCAAUAACCUUCCAAGACUGGGUGGAAAUCUCGGGGUCAGUGAUGUCUGAUCUCAGUGAGGGAAGUGCAAGCUGGUGGCAAGGUGUUCUGGGUGCAGUGGAGAGUACUUACUCUAGAUGGUUGGCCGCAUCGCCAUUGGAGAAGCUGUCUAUUGAGCCACAAGGUUGUGUACGCACUUUCAACCAGGAGGCUCUGCAGAACGACAAGAAGUACUCAAGCAGUUGCAGGCGUGCUUCGAGCAUGGCCUCGCUGGAUGGAGCGCUGCAGAACCAUGCAGAUGACAGUGAUGGCUUAUCAGAGGCACUUGCAGGCGGAGAUCGAGGCCAUGCUUACGGCCAAGACUGGGAGGAGUCGAGUUGUGCAGAUAUUUUGCUAAGCCAUCGGGGUGCAAGCGAGGAGACAAGUGCACCUAAUUACUCACACAGCAUGGCUGGAAUGGACAAGGAGGUGGGAAGGGCGCAACCUAAGGGGACACGCGAUGCGCCUCACAAGCCGCCAGCUGCUGCUACGGAACAAUCAGCUCAAAGUACAAUGGCUACAGUGGGUGCGUCGUCAACAUCGCCUUCGUCUGCAGGGGACACAAUACCGGGCACGCCGUGGACGUUGGAGACCUUGAUCCAGGCGGCGCAGCAGAUAGUUCACCCAACGGCUACAGAUGGCCAAGCAAGUGACACCUCACCGGAGAAAACAAGGCCACAGCUGAAGGUGUUGAAGCUGAGGGAUAUUCGGAUUUGCUCGGCAGAUUCGUCAGCUACAGCUCUGGUGGAUAGCGGAGCUACCCACAGCCUUCGAUCAGCCGCGUCCCAGGAGGAGUGGGACAAGUCGUCGGAGGUGAUGGUACAACUAGCGGGAAACUACAAGCUGGUUAUGAGGAUUUCAGAUGUGGGUACAUUGCUGAUGCCUUACAGAGAUGUUCAGGUCAAUCAGCAGCAUCUUCCAGGUCCUCAAGCCCAGACUAUAGUACCAAUGGGACAGCUGAUUGAAACGCUGGGAUACACGAUGAUGUGGAGUCCAAAGGAGUGCUAUCUACAAUCACCUGAAGGAGUCCGAAUACCCUUGCAAGUGGAUGGUGGAUGUCCUCAGUUAGCGGAAAUGGAAGCGCUAGCACUCAUUGCCCGUUUAGAAGAUCGCAAAGUUGAGGAGCUCCACAACUCUGUUCUGACCACACAGGACAAGUUGAAGGUGUCGGCCGUGGCAAUGGAGCACACCUGGGAGUACUAUUUGUUCGACUAUGUUGCAAAGGGUGCAUUCGAGUCGGGGUUACGAGCAGUGAGAGACGCACCGUUUUUCGCAGACCUACCAGGAGAGUGCUUGUCUGGUAUGAUACCAACGUCAGGACUCUGGUCUGGCUGGGACACCAUGAAGAACCUUGGUUACAUGAACAGAGCGCAGAAGAGGAAGCUGCUGACCUCCAAAAGGUGGAUAGUGCACUUGUUCGCUGGAAAGGAGGGACAUUAUGAGAUGUUCAAGUUGGACCAAGGUGAUACAGCUGUGAUCGAGUUGGACAUCGAGCGGUGUCAGGGCCACGAUCUGUUCCGAGCGGAGACAUGGCGUAUGUUGCUAUGGGGAGCCAAGGAGGGCAAGAUCGAUGCAAUCUUUGGAGGUCCACCCGGGCGUGCACUUCAAAAGGGAAAGGGUGGACGAAGAGACAAUAAGUCUACAGCGUUGGUGGCGCGUAUGAUGUGGUUAUACUCGAUGGCUCAGGUGGGUCGUGAGGUGAACGGAACCCCUUCAGCAAAGAGCAGGGAGGUAGGCUUCAUGAUCGAGUACCCGGAGGGGAUAUCUCCUGAGAUUCGAGGUGCAGAAGCUGCAAGGAUCAAUGAGUACGAGGACGCAACCAGAGUUACAGAAGGCCGUGGUGGUGUUGCGGGUUGGUAUGAGACCAUACACUACUGGGAAGCUGUGCAACGUCCAAGACUUGAUCGAGAGCUAGGCGCUAUGGGUGGGAGGAUUAGACGCUACAUCAAAGGGAACCUGGGAAAGAAUCUCAAGUAUCUUCUCGUGGGAAAGUACCUGGUUCCAAAGCAAUAUAUCGAGGACUAUUCUGGGCAACCAACCCCCAGUGUGGCAGAAGUACCCGAACAUGAUCUACUACCACCGCUAACGGAUGAGCAAAAGAAGGACAUGGAGGAGUUAUUUGGUGAAUCUGAGUCUGGGACUGAGCUACCCCUCGAGUGUCCUCAAGUGGAAGUUGUUGGCGUCGAAGCAACGCAUUUGCAAUAUGGACCUGAGGAUGAGGAGAUGGGAAGUUAUGAACCAUCAGAAGCUGCGGACGAAGAGGUGGGUCCCGAAGAAGAGCUUGAAGCCUCCAGGGACGCAGUGAUGAAGGAUGGUGACUGUGAAGCUCCAGAAAUGACUCACCUGGUGUUUGCGACAGCUCUUCCAAACAAUCAA